GUUGGAGGACAAGAAACAAAAAUUAGGUGUAGUCAAGCACGCACCACCGGGCACUGGGGGAUGCUACACACCGCCCUCACUCCACAAGAAACAUUUGAAGGAUAUUUAACAAAUCAGAAAAACUGGAAUUCAUUCACUUUUUGGAGCUGGGAACUUCUUAAGUGACACACUGGAGAAGACUCAAGGUGCCAACCAUGGAUCCGAAUUUGUUCGGAGGGGCCCCGAGGUUCCUCACCCGUCCCAAGGCCUUUUCUGUGUGCAUGGGCAAGGACACCACCCUGAGCUGCACCAUCGUAGGCAGCCCCACACCGCUCAUCACCUGGGAGAAGGAGAAGCUGAAGCUGACAUCCGGGGGUCGCUUUAAGACCGUAGAGGAUGGUGAAGUGUACCGUCUCACCAUAUAUGACUUGGCGUUGGAAGACAGCGGCCAGUACCUGUGCAGGGCCAAAAACAGCAUCGGGGAGGCCUAUGCUGCUGUGACCCUAAAAGUGGCCCUUCCCACAGAGUUGGCUCCCAGGGCGCCCGUGUUCACAACCAAGGCCUCCUCAGCACGUGUAGGUUUAGGCGGUGAUGCCGUUUUCCACUGCAAAGUUGUAGCCCACCCUGAAGCCAACUUUGACUGGGAGAAGGACGGACGCUAUCUGGGCGAGUCCAACAGGGUCAAGAUUGUGUCCGACAGCGACAGCAGUACCUUGAAGAUUCAGAGCGUACGCAACCUGGACAGCGGCACCUAUACAUGUAGGGCCCAGAACACCUUGGGUCGGGCUCACGCCUCCGCUGCCCUCGUGGUAGACGCUCAGGACGCCCACCUGCUCUCCUCCGACAACCACACCUCCCUCCUCUCUCACCUCCAAAAGCGCAAAGAAGAAAUGAAGAAGGACAUCUCUGUUUUUCGCACAGAGGACACCACAUCUUCCUUUUCCUCCGGCAAAAUCAGUGACGGUUUGGAACACGAGGUGAGGUCGUCGGUCCUGGCAAAGCUGCCCAAGGGCGUGUUCACCCGCACGUGCACCGUCACUGAGGGCAAGCACGCCAAACUGAGCUGCUUUGUAACAGGUCACCCUAAGCCACACAUCAUUUGGAGGAAGGAUGGGACUAACAUCAGCGAGGGCCGCCGCCACGUCAUAUAUGAAGACUACGCUGAGAACUUCAUCCUUAAAAUCCUAUUCUGCAAGCAGAGCGACAACGGCUUCUACACUUGCAAUGCCACUAAUAUGGCGGGACAGACCUACAGUGCUGUGCUGGUAACAGUAAAGGAGCCAAAUCUGCCGUUCAGGAGGAAGCUUCAAGAUGUGGAGGUCCAAGAGAAAACGUCGGCUACGCUGAUGUGCGAGGUGCCGGUCAUUAGCAACAUGACCAACUGGUUCAUGGAGGAGACACGUCUGGAGCAAAACGGCAAGUAUCGCAUGGAUGAACAAGGCACCCUGCGCCGUCUCACCAUACACAACGUGACCACCAACGACGACGGCGUGUACAUCUGUGAGAUGAAGGAGGGCAGCCGCACUGUGGCCGAGCUCACCGUUCUGGGCAACAUUACCAAGAAGCUUCCUCGGAGGACAGUGGUUCCCGUUAGCGACACUGUAAUCUUCUGUGUGGAGCUGGAGCGUUCCUGCCCUGAUGUCUACUGGACCCGCAAUGGCGAAAAACUUAAGGAGGAUUCACGUAUUUCCAUCGCUUGCCUGCUCAGACAGUACACCCUCACCAUUAGAGAGUGUCAGGCGGAAGACUCAGGAGAAGUGGCAUUUGUGGCUGGAGACUGCAAGACGUCCACUCGAUUCUCUGUCACUGCGGCAAGGAAGCAUCCUCCCGAGCCCCCAGUUGAUGCCUUGGUGCAGAACAAGACUGACUCAUCCAUCACCCUUCAAUGGUCUCCUCCUGACAGUGACCGCCCUGUACCAAUCAAGGGCUACGUCGUAGAGAGGAGAAAAGUUGGAACUCAGACCUGGCAGAGAUGCAAUGCCGGAGAAACGAUUUUGUCCACAGAGAUCAUGAUCUCUAACUUCAUAGAGGAAGCCACUUACCAAUUCCGCAUCUCUGCGACCAACGACUUUGGUCAGAGUCCCUACCUUGAAGUGCCUGGAAGCUUCUACCUGGAGCCCACUGCAGAAAUCAUGAAAGGCCUCGUGAGUAGCACUGCAGUGUCUGGCGAGGAGUUCUCCAUCUCAGUGGAGCUGUCGGCCGUUUGCUCAGGCUUCUGGUCUCUCAGCGGGCGUCUCUUGCGCAGUGGAGGCGACUACCUCAUAACACGCUCCAAGAACUUGCACACUCUGCUCAUACGGAACGUGACUCAGGACAUGAACGGUUCAGAAAUCAAGUUUGUGGGCGGAGGCUCGCAGAGCAGUUGUAUCUUAGCUGUAAAAGCCCCCACUGUCAUGUUUGUUAAUAAGUCAAAUCAGCUAGAGGUGGUGACCUGCAGCGCCCAAGCUACAGCUCAGAUGACGACUGAGGUGUCGGAUUACGAUGCACAGGUUAUUUGGAUGAGAAAUGGCCGAGAGGUAAAAUUGGGCAAGAAGUAUGAAAGCGUGAUCAUGGACCGCAGGAGGAUCCUCAUUGUCCACAACGUUACAGAUGACGAUGUGGGCAUAUAUGAGUGUGUUUGCGCCGACGACAGAAUGUCCAUGCAGCUUGCUCUUAAAGAUGAACCCCCAAAGUUUCUGAACAAGCCGAGAGGUCCCAUGGGCCUGUUAUCCUCCUUGAAAGGAGAUCUUGACCUGAGCUGUGAAGUUUGUCCGGCCAACACGACAGUGGUGUGGAAAAAAGACCUGGUGGAGAUCACUGAGGACCAAAGAACGAGCAUAAUCUCCAAAGGAACCCUAAGGAAACUCAUCAUCAAGAAUGCCAAAAAAAGCGACCAAGGUCAAUACACUUGUGAGACAGGCGCCGACAAAUUCACAUUCCAGGUGAAGAUUAAAGAAACUCAAGCCCCGCCCGCUUUCUCCAACAAGGAGUCAGUGCAAAAGGAACUAAAGGCUGUUCUCUCCCAAAAAGCCACCCUUAGUUGCACAAUGUCUGACAGCAAGACAGAAGUGAAAUGGUACAAAGACAGCAAGUUGCUCACGUCCAGCCGGACGAUCUACUCUGAAGUCAAUGGCAGUACUCGUCUGUUAGUGAUUGAAAAAGUGGAGAGGAGUGAUGCUGGAGAGUACACCUGCGAAGCUGGAGGAGAGAAGCUGGUGUUUAAAUUAAUGGUGCAUGAUGAUCAGUCGCCCUUCUUCAACAAGGAAUCGGUCCAUAGAGAAGUGAGUGCCUCUCUCUCCCAGAGAGCCACUUUAAGCUGUGAAGUAUCUGACUCAAACAAGGAGGUUAAAUGGUACAAAGAUGGAAAGCUGCUCUCCUCUGGCAAGAAAAUACACGCAGAGUCAAAGGGCCAGAGUCGCCAGCUAGUGAUUGAGAGUGUUGAGCAGAAAGAUGCCGGGGAGUACAUCUGUGAGGCUGGGUCAGAGAAGCUAGCUUUUAAAAUCCAUGUGACUGAGCCUCCGUCAGCCUUCUUCAACAAAGGAGAGAAAGCCACGCUGAGCUGCGAGUUGGCUGAUUCCAAGACCGAGGGGAAAUGGUACAAAGAUGGGAAGCUGCUUGUCAUGGGCAAGACACUGCAUACAGAGGUGAAAGGCAAGACUCGUACGCUGGUGAUUGACAGUGUGGAGAAAAAGGACGCUGGGGAAUACAUCUGUGAGACUGGAGCUGAGAAACUGAUCUUUAAACUCCAUGUGACAGAUCUUCCAAGUAGCAAAGCAGCCUUCUCUAAUACUGACUCACAUCAGAGAGAGGUGAUAGCCUCCCUGUCCCAGAAAGCGCUCCUUACCUGUGAAGUGUCCGACAUCAACACAGAAGUGAAAUGGUACAAGGAUGGCAAAGUUUUGGCCUCCAGUAAGAGUAUACGUGCAGAGUCCAAGGGCCAGAGUCGCCAGCUGGUCUUUGACAGCGUGGAGAAGAAGGAUGCUGGGGAGUACAUCUGCGAGGCUGGAAGUGAGAAGCUGAUGUUCAGGAUACAAGUGGCCGCCGUUCAGCCCAAGUCGGCCUUCUCCAACAAGGAGUCCAUCCAGAAAGAGGUGAAAGCUCUUGUCUCUCAGAAAGCUACCCUGACCUGUGAGGUGGCGGAGUCCAAGACCGAGGUAAAAUGGUACAAGGAUGGCAAGCUGCUGUCUUUGAGCAAGACUUUACGCAUGGAGUCGAAGGGCAAGAGUCGACACCUUGUGAUCGACAGUUUGGUGAAGGAGGAUGCUGGAGAAUACACCUGUGUGGUUGGAACUGAGAAGCUGACAUUCAAGAUACAAGUGGCAGCUGAACCUGCCAAGUUUGAGAAAAAGGCUGUCAAGGACACAUCAUUUAUUAUUCAAGCGAGUGAAAACAUUGUUUUGACCUGCGAGCUGACAGCUGAGAGCAGCGUGAAGUGGUUUAAAGACGGCGUGGAGCUUAAAGAGAGCAGCAAGUACCAGAUGAAAAAAGACCACCUCUCGCCUACUCUCGUUGUCAAAUCCACGGAAUCUAAAGACUCUGGCGUGUACUCCUGUCACACAGCAGAUGACAAAUUGGAUUUUAAAGUCCAGGUUAAAGAGGCAGUGUUAAAGUUUGUUGUUCAAUUGAAAGCCUCAACAUUGGAUUUAGGGGGCACGUUGAGUCUGAUGUGUGAAUUGAACCAAGCCUCGGGAGAUGUCGUGUGGCACCAUGGUGGUUCUGAGAUUAAACCCGGAGGCAGGAUUUGCAUAAAAACAGAAGGUGCUAAGCGAAUUCUCACGGUGACCGGCAUGACUCAGGAAGACGAAGGCGAAUACAGCUGUGAAUGUAAAAAUGACAAGACCUCAGCCAAAGUCUCCUUGAAAGCUCCUAGAUCAGUCAGGCUGACUUCCAAGCCCAACAAUGUUGCCGCAAUAGAGGGAACAGACGCCAUUUUUAAGUGCGCUGUCACCCCAGCCGAUGUGCACGUUAAAUGGCUACACAACAAUGUUCCCAUCACUUCUGGAACCAAGUAUAAAAUUGAGCAUGCCGGCAACUGCCACUCAGUCACCAUCAUCUCCGUCACCGAGAAGGACGCCGGUGAGAUCAGCGUUGAUGCUGAAGGGAAAAGCUGCAAAGUUACUCUUCAAAUCCAAAGUGAGCCGGUGAUGUUUAAGAAAAAGCUGGAAAACUUGAUAGUGGAGGAAGAGAGUGAAGCAAAGAUGGAGGUGGAGCUAAGUAAGCCGUCAGAUGAAGUCAAGUGGAUGAAGAACAGCGUUGUGUUGAAGACUUCAGGGAAUGCGGAGGUCCGAGUCGAUGGAGCUAAGCAAGCUUUGAUCUUCAAGAGUGUCACUUGCUCUGACCGCGGAUUCUACUCAUGCGAAACCCUUGAUGACAAAACGCAGGCCAAGCUCACUGUGGAGCCCAAGAAAAUCCACAUUAUAAAAGGUCUUAAUGACACAAAGGCACAUGAAACUGAAACGGCCAUCCUUGAGGUUGAGCUCAGCCAGGCUAAUGUUGAGGCUUUGUGGACCAGGGAUGGAAUCAGGCUUAAAUCGGGUCCAGACCACCGCAUCGCAGUUCUGGGAAAGAAGCACAUCCUCACCUUGUCAAAUCUGACAAGAGAGGACGCAGGAACUAUCGGUUUCCAAGCAGAGGGUGUGCGUACUUCCUGUAAACUCCUUGUUUCAGAACUGCCUGCUAUGAUCACAAAACCCCUUGUGGAUAUCAGUGUUACUGAGAAGGAGAAGGCGACUUUUGCGUGUGAGGUGUCCAGAACAAAUGCAGAAGUAGAAUGGUUGAAGGACGAUGUAGGACUGAGACCUGGUAAGAAUUAUAGUAUCCACUCUUUGGCACGAAAACGCACUUUGAUCAUCAACAAGUGCGCACCGGAAGAUGAAGGCACUUACAUCUGUCGCACCACCGAUGACAACACUUGUGCCAAGCUCACCAUUAAUGCAAGAGACAUUAAGAUUGUGAAGAAGCUGGAGGAUGUGGAGGUAACGGAGAAGGAGAGUGCAGCGUUUGUCUGCGAAAUUUCACAUGACGACGUGGAAUGCCAGUGGUCCAGAGGUGGCGCUAAACUCAAAGCCGGGGACAACAUCAAGAUAAGACAAGAAGGCAGGACACAUAAGGUGCUGUUUAUAAGUGUGUCUCCAGAAGAUGUAGGUGAGAUUACAUUUACAGCCGAGAAGGCCUCUUCGACCGCGGAACUAAAGGUGACAGAACUCCCCGUCAAGUUUGUGAAGAAGCUCAGGGAUAAGAUAGCCAUCUAUAAUCACCGCGGCCGCCUGGAAUGCCAAGUGUCACGGGCCAGCGCCAAAGUCAAGUGGUUCAAAGGCAAGAAGGAGCUCAGGACCGGCAAAAAGUACGAGAUUAAAAGUGAGGACGUGUACCGGAAGCUCACCGUCAACAACGUGGACUCCGGGGAUGAAGACACUUACACGUGUGAUGCCGUUGACGACAAGACGUCAUGUAAACUGCUUGUGGAAGAGCAGUCCAUUAACAUUGUCCGGGAGUUGAGUUCUGUAGAAGUGAUGGAACCCUUCGCCGCUGUCUUCGAAGUUGAGAUCAGCAUGCAACUGGGGAAGGCGCCAAUAUGGACUCUAAGCGGAGUCGCCGUGCAAGACAGCGCUGACAUCGAGAUAGCGAAGGAGGGCACAAUGCAUCGCCUCACAUUCAAGAAAACCAACGCGUCGAUGACGGGUCCCGUGCAGUUCACAGCUGGGAAGAGCAAGUCCCUUGCGCAGCUCACAGUCAAAGAGCGCCCUCUUGAGAUUACAGAGUCCAUCAAAGAUGUAAAAGCCAAGGAGAAAAGCUCAGCCAUGCUCUCUUGUAAAUUCUCCGCCCCACCCAAAAGGGUGAAGUGGUUUAAAGACGAGGUACCCCUCUCGCCAUCGGACAAGUACAACAUCAAGCAAGAUGCCACAAGGGCUCAACUCACCAUUCAUAUGCUGACUGAGCAAGAUAGUGGCGAGUACAAAUGUCAGUCGGGGCCUGCCGUGACAAAAGGCAAUCUCCUAAUUGAAGUGCGUGAUAUUAAAUUCACCAAGCAUCUAGUUGACACAGAGGUGGACGAGGACAGCGACGCAGUAUUCACCUGCGAGGUCAACUACGCCGAUGAAGAGGCCCAGUGGCUUCUGAAUGACAAGGUGCUUUUCACGGAUGACGUCAUUACCGUAACACACGAGGGAAAAGUUCACAAGCUCAUCUUAAAGAACCUGGCACCUCAGGACGGCGGCAUUAUCACCGUUCAAAUACGCAAAGUGAAAGAGUCUGUCACGCUCAAGGUUAAAGAAAAGCCGUCCCUGUUUCUCAAGUCUCUGGAUGAUGUCGUGGGCGAGGAGAAAGGCUUGAUCACUCUGGCUUGUGAGGCGUCAAAGCCCAGAGUUUCUCCCAUGUGGAGGAAAGAAGGCAACCUUAUCAAAUCUGGAACCAAAUAUGAGUUCCUUCACACUGGCAAAUCUCUCGGACUUAUCAUCAAGGAUGUGAGCAAAGACGACGCUGGGGAGUACACUUGUGAUCUUGGGACUGAGGUGUCCAAGGCUAAGGUCACUGUAAGAGAAAUUGGAAUUGGGAUCACAAAGUGGCUGAAGUCAUCUGAGGUGAACGAGGGGGAGACAUGCAGCUUUGAGUGCAUCCUAUCCCGGGAGAGCAAUGACGAGUGCUCCUGGACUCUGAGUGGACGAAGUGUGACCAACGGAGGACGCUUCAAAGUCACUAGCAGAGGACGGAAAUACAUGCUGACCAUCAAUGACGUCACCCCUGCUGAUGCUGGAGAGGUGGUGUUCAGCAUUAAAGAUCUCGCCUCGAAAGCGACGCUAAGCGUUGAAGGAAAAGCUUCAUCAUUGUCAAGGGAUCUAGAGAAUGUCAGUGUGGUUCAAGGGGAAGAUGCUGUCUUUACCUGCGAAGUGACCCAAGCUACUUCCAUGGUCAAAUGGACAAAGGAGGGCAAAGCCAUAAAGAAAAGCCAGAGGUAUGACAUCAGAAAAGAGGAGCGGGUCAUGACAUUGGUCAUCUACAGCGUCUCAGCUCGGGACUCGGGAGAAUACAGUUGUGAAGUUGUUGGAGGUGCAACCACGAAGGCCCAGCUUCAGGUUAAAGAUCCAAUCCACAAGUUUACUAAACCUCUGAAAGAUGUCCAAGCUGACGAGAAGACCUCCGUGACUUUAGAAUGCGAGACCGCUCAAAACCCGUCCACAGUAUCGUGGCUCAAAGGACACACGGAGGUUAAGCUUGGCGGUCGGUUCGAGAUGUGUCACAAGGAGUGCGUUCUAACUCUCACCAUCAAACAACUGGAGGAAGAGGAUGGUGAUAUCUACACUUGUGACGUGGGCACGGCCAAGAGCAUGGCAAAGGUGACGGUUAAAGCCCUACCUGCCACUUUUAAAGGAAAGCUCAAGAAUCAAGACGUAAAGGAAGGCGAGGCUGUUACGCUUUGCUGUGAGCUAUCAAAGCGUGCAGCCAACGUCCAGUGGAGGAAGGGUGCUGAAGUUCUCGCUGCUGGAGAGAAGUAUGAAAUGCAGCAGAGGGAGGCUUCAUGCGAGCUGCGCAUUAAGAAUCCUACGACAGACGAUAGCGGAGAGUACUCCUGUCUGUGUGGGGACAAGAAGACAUCGGCAACAGUGAAAGUCAAUGCAUUACCUCCGUACUUCACACUGAAGCUGCAGAGUCAGGAGGCCCAAGAGGGAUCUAGGGUUGCUCUACGCUGUGAGACAUCCAAACCUCUAGUCUCAGUGAAAUGGAAGAAGGGAAAGCAGCUCCUCGAUUACGGAGAUAAGUACCAGAUGAAGCAGGAGGCGUACAGCAAUGAGCUCAUCAUUUUCCAAGCGGUGCCUGAAGACAGUGGAGAGUACAUCUGUGUGUGUGGAGAGCAGACAACCACUGCACAGCUGAAGAUUAAAGCUUUGCCGGUGACGUUCACAAAGAAGCUGGGAAGUCAGAAGGCUGAAGAAGGAGCUAAGGUGAUGCUGCGCUGUGAGACGUCUAAACCUGGAGCUCCAGUGGAGUGGAAAAAGGGAAGGCAGGUCCUCAUGUAUGGAGAUAAGUACCAGAUAAAGCAGGAGGCUUGUGUGAAUGAACUCCACAUCAACCAAGUGGUACCAGAAGACAGCGGAGAGUACAUCUGUGUGUGUGGAGAACACAACACUACAGCUAGUCUUACCAUUCACGCCCUACCAGUGACCUUCACAAAGAAGCUUCAGAGUCAGGAGGCUGAAGAAGGAGCUCAGGUGACGCUACGCUGUGAGACGUCUAAACCUGGAGCUUCUGUGGAGUGGAAGAUGGGAAGGCAGGCCCUCAAGUAUGGACAAAAGUAUCAGAUGAAGCAGGACGCUUGUGUGAAUGAACUCCACAUCAGUCAAGUGGUGCCACAAGACAGUGGAGAGUACAUGUGUGUGUGUGGAGAACACAACACUACAGCUAGCAUCACCAUUCACGCCACACCAGUGACCUUUACAAAGAAGCUGCAGAGUCAGGAGGCUGAAGAAGGAGCUAAGGUGAAACUGCGCUGUGAGACGUCUAAACCUGGAGUUUCAGUGGAGUGGAAGAAAGGAAAGCAGGUUCUGAAGCCUGGAGAAAAGUACCAGAUGAAGCAAAAAGCUUGUAUAAAUGAACUCUACAUCAGCCAAGUGGUGACAGAGGACAGCGACGAGUACAUCUGUGUGUGUGGAGAACACAACACAACAGCUAGCCUCACCAUUAAAGCCCGACCAGUGUCUUUCACAAAGAAGCUGCAGAGUCAAGAGGCGCAAGAAGGAGCUAAGGUGACGCUACGCUGUGAGACAUCUAAACCUCUCGUCUCAGUGGAGUGGAAGAAGGGAAAGCAGCUCCUAGAGUAUGGAGAAAAGUACCAAAUGAAACAAGAGGCUUGUAUGAAUGAACUCCACAUCAGUAAAGUGGUGCCAGAAGACAGUGGAGAUUACAUGUGUGUGUGUGGGGAACACAUCACUACAGCUCGUCUCACCAUUCAAGCCCUACCAGUAACGUUCACGCAGAAGCUGCAGAGUCACGAGGCUGAAGAAGGAGCUAAGGUGACGCUACGCUGUGAGACAUCUAAACCCGGAGCUUCAGUGGAGUGGAAGAAGGGAAGGCAGGUUCUUAAGUAUGGAGAAAAGUACCAGAUAAAGCAGGAGGCUUGUGUGAAUGAACUUCACAUCAGUCAAGUGGUGCCAGAAGACAGUGGAGAGUACAUGUGUGUGUGCGGAGAACACAACACUGCAGCAAGUCUCAUCAUUCAAGCCACGCCAGUGACCUUUACAAAGAAGCUGCAGAGUCAGGAGGUGGAAGAAGGUACUAAGGUGAAGCUACGCUGUGAGACGUCUAAACCUGGAGUAUCAGUGGAGUGGAAGAAGGGAAGGCAAGUCCUUAAAUAUGGACAAAAGUACCAAAUGAAGCAGGAGGCUUGUGUGAAUGAACUCCACAUAAGUCAAGUGGUGCCAGAAGACAGUGGAGAGUACAUGUGUGUGUGUGGAGAACACAACACUGCAGCUAGUCUCACCGUUAACGCCCGACCAGUGACCUUCACAAAGAAGUUGCAGAGUAAGGAGGUAGAAGAAGGAACACAGGUGACACUACGCUGUGAGAUGUCUAAACCUGGAGUCUCAGUGGAGUGGAAGAAGGGAAAGCAGGUUCUCAAGCCUGGAGAAAAGUACCAGAUGAAGCAGGAGGCUUGUAUGAAUGAACUCCACAUCAGUCAAGUGGUGACAGAAGACAGUGGAGAGUAUAUCUGUGUGUGUGGAGAACACAACACUACAGCUAGGCUUACCAUUAAAGCCCGGCAAGUGACCUUUACGAAGAAUCUGCAGAGUCAGGAAGCGGAAGAAGGAGCUAAGGUGACGCUACGCUGUGAGACAUCUAAACCUCUGGUCUCAGUGGAGUGGAGGAAGGAAAAGCAGCUCCUUGAGUAUGGAGAAAAGUACCAAAUGAAGCAGGAGGCUUGUAUAAAUGAACUCCACAUUUGUCAAGUAGUGCCAGAAGACAGUGGAGAGUACAUUUGUGUGUGUGGAGAACACAACACUGCAGCUCGCCUUACCAUUCACGCCCAACAAGUGACUUUCACAAAGAAGCUUCAGAGUCAAGAAGCCAAAGAAGGAGCUAAGGUGACACUACGCUGUGAGACGUCCAAACCUUUAGUCUCUGUGGAGUGGAAGAAGGGAAGGCAUGUCCUUCAGCCUGGGGAAAAGUACCAAAUGAAGCAGGAGGCCUGUGUGAAUGAACUGUUUAUUAAUAAAGCAGCAGAGGGGGACAGCGGAGAGUACAGCUGUGUGUGCGCUGACAGUAAAACGACAGCAAGUCUUCAAAUUAAAGCUGUGAAGCUUCUUGCUGUUAACGUGGAAUCAAAGAUGGUACAGGCAACAGAAGCAGUGGAAGCCAGUGGAACUGAAGCAACAUUGGUAGUUAAGAAAGACAAGCAGCAGAAGCAGGAGAUGAAUGAAGCAGUGGAAGCUGUGAUACUGCAGCAGACCAAAGAGAUUUCUACACAGAAACUCAUCAAACAAGAGACUCGGGAGCUCGAAGUUGAAGCCUUUAAACAGGAAACAACAUUGGUAGUUGCCAAGGACGAGCAGAAGAUGCAGGAGAUAAAUGAAACAACGAAAGUUGUGCAGCGUACCAGAGAGACUUCCAAAGAGCAGCUUCAGCAACAAGAGACUCAUGAGGUCAAAACUGAAGUACUUCCGGUCACGUUGCUUCAAGAAGUGGAAAGUCAAGAGGUUGAUGAGGGAGGUUGUGUUACUUUGCUAUGUCAGCUGUCGAGACCCGGACUUUCUGUCGAGUGGAAGAAGGAAACUCAAGUGCUGUGUUGUGGAGAAAAAUACCAGAUGACACAACGCAGACUCAGAUAUGAGCUACGCAUUUUUGAUUUGCGGCCUUGUGACACAGGGACGUAUUCAUGUUCUUGGGAGGACACCACAAGCUCCGCCUCCCUUAGAGUCAACGCUCUCCCAGUCACUUUUACAACAAAUCUGGAGGACCAAACAGCUAAUGAGGGUCAAAGUGUUAUACUGCAGUGUGAGCUGUCCAAACCUGACGUUCCUGUAGAGUGGAGGAAAGGAGAACUUGGUCUUUGUCCGUGUUCCAAGUAUGAAAUUACACAAACAGCGCACAGAGUGGCAUUAGUAAUCCACGAUGUAGACAAAAAUGAUGCUGGAUGUUACUCAUGUGACGCUGGUUUCCAUCAAAGCACAGCCCAUGUCGCUGUGAAGGACCAACCUGAGCUUUUUAAAAGCCAGCUGCAGAACCUGGAGAAGCAGUCAGGGGAGAGCGUUACUCUCCGCUGUGAGACCACAAAGCCUGGAGUUAGUGUGAUGUGGAGACAUGGGGACAGGGUGCUGGCAUCCAGUAGCAAAUAUCACUUGAAACAAGCAGGGACACUCGUAGAGCUUGUCAUCUAUAAGGUGCAGGGCGCCGACUCGGGAGAAUACUCUUGUGAUACAGGCAGUCACAUAACCUCAGCCAUCCUCACAGUGCAGGAAGUGGACGUGUCAAUAGUAAAAUUCUUGGAGAGCUCUGUCGUACGCGAGGGUGAUGACGUCCGUUUUGAGUGCCUGGUGUCGCAUGAGGACUCACCGUCGGCUCAGUGGAAGCUCCAAGAUGUCCCGCUGCAGAAUAAUGAAAUGAACGUUAUUAAAGCUGAGGGCCGUACACACAGCCUCACGCUUCGAGGCGUCACCGCGGCCGACUCUGGCACAGUCACUUUCUCUGUGGGCAACCACACCUCCACGGCCUCGCUUACUGUUGGAGCCGCCGCUGUUUUAUUCAAGAAGAACCUGGAUAGUCAAGAGGGCACAGAAGGAGACAAAGUCACUCUUUCCUGCGAGACAACCAACCCCGACUGUAAGGUGUCAUGGCAGAAGGGCAGCACGCUGCUCACCCAUGGGGAGAAAUACACCAUGCAGCAUAGCGCUGCCUCUCACAGUCUUACCAUUCACAAUCUGAAAAUGGAGGACAGUGGAGAGUAUAGCUGUGACACGGGUGACAAGAAAAGCACUGCUGUUAUCACCGUAAAAGAGAAUGUGCACAUUGUGAGAGAAUUGCACGACGUUACCGUGCUGACUGGGCAGGAUGCCGUCUUUGAGGUGCAGCUGUCUCAUCCCGGUGUGACCAACGCAGAAUGGUGGCUUGCAGACAACCUCCUCCAGAAUAACGACCUGAACCAAAUUAGCAGAGAUGGCCGAGUGCACCGCUUGGUCCUCAAGAUGGUCACCACGGACGAAUCAGGGGACGUGGCCUUCGUGGUGGGUCAGGAAAAGAGUGUGGCUUGUCUGCUGGUUGAAGAGAAACCCAAAGUGCUUAUCCUAGAAAAGCCGCAUAACACUGCAGCCUUAGAGGGGGAAACCGUCACUCUGGCUUGCACUAUCUCUGACUCCACGGCCACCGUUACCUGGAUGAGAGACAACACGAGCAUCAAAGCUGGUCUCAAGUAUGACCUGAAGAAGAAUGGCGCCUUCCAGCAACUUCGAAUCCACAACGUUGUGCCCGAGGACGCCGGAACGUACACCUGCGACACUGGAGAUGCUCAGUGUGACGUCACUGUCACGGUGGAAGCUGCUCCGGCGUUCUUUAAGACGGAGCUGAAGAACCAGCAGGCGGUCUCGGGUGAUGAUGUCACCCUGCGCUGUGAGGUCUCAAGGCCGGGUGUUCGCGUGGAGUGGAGGAAAGGUGGCAUGGUCCUUACGCCUGGUAAGAAGUAUGAGAUCUGGCAGGACGGGUGCGUUCAAGAGCUCUGUAUACACAACCUGGAUCCGGAAGACAGCGGUUACUACACCUGUGACGCGGGGGAUCAACUCACCACCGCCUCUGUGGCAGUACAAGUGAUAGAAGUCUACAUUGUGUCUGGUCUUAAGACCGUCGACGUUUUCGUUGGGGAAUGGGCAACCUUCUCUUGCCAGCUGUCUGGUCAGGUGCCUGGCAAGGUGCAGUGGUGGCUGGAUGGCACUUUGCUGAAGAACAGCCCCACUAUCGAGAUAGGACUGACCGAGAGCCACAUCCACUCACUCACCUUUAAGAACCUGGCCACAGAUGACUCUGGCACUGUCAUAUUCAAGGCUGGCAAUUUAACAUCAGCAGCCAAGCUCCUUGUCAAAGAUCCCACAGUUGAAGUGGUGAACAACAUGGAGGACCUCAGGGUGCUCGAAAACCAGCCGGCCGAGUUCAUCUGCCAGUUCUCGAGGCCGGUCAAGGCCGAGUGGAAGAAAGACGGGCAGCUAUUGCAGCCCGAUGGCCGCAGGGUGGUAGUGGAGCAGGACUGGACAGUGGCUCGCUUGUACAUUAGCCGUGUGUCUGCUGGAGACACGGGGACAUACUCCUGUGAGGCAGAGGGGACCCGUGUGGUUGCUUCGCUUCAUGUGGAAGCUAAACCUAUCGACAUAGUCCAGGGCCUGGAGAACGUGGAAACCUUUGAUGGGGGAGAAGGGCUCUUCGAGUGCGCCUUAUCCCGCCCGGAGAACAAAGACUGCCAGUGGCUUCUCGGCGACAAACCAGUGAAGCAAUCCCCCAAUGCUGAGAUUGUGUCCUUCGAGAGCGGCCGUCGUCACCUGCUCCUACUCAAAGAGCUGCGGAUUAGUGACAGCUGCACUGUUACCUUCAGAGCAGGCACUGCAUCCACAUCUGCUGAGCUGUCUGUCAAAGGCUGGCAGCUAGGCGUGGUAAAAAGCCUGGAGGACACGGUGGCUGUAGCCGGAGAGAGGGUGGAGUUCUGUGUGAAGCUGACAGAGCCCGUGCCUCCAGCAGAGGUAUUUUGGUACGCUAAUGGAGUGGAACUCAUGCAUGGCGACCUGUGGAACAUGAGGGCCGACGGCUGCUCCUAUCGCCUCAUCCUGAGACAGGCACCGCUUUUGCCCCAACAGGAAAUUACAUUUGCAGCACGAGAUGCUCUCUCUCUGGCCAAGCUCUCCAUUAUUACUGUACCGGACCCCCCAGAGGACCCGGAGAUCUUCAGUAAGACCAAACAAUCAGUCACCCUUUCCUGGUUCACUCCUCUGCAUGAUGGAGACAGCCCCAUCCUGGGCUACAAGGUGGAGAUGAGGCUGGCGGACAGCUCUCUCUGGCUUCCUUGUCAUUCUGCUCCCGUGUGUAACACCGAGUUUGCGGUGGAGAAUCUCAUCCCGGGAAGUGGCUACAGGUUUAGAGUGGCAGCCAUUAAUAGAGCCGGCACGGGCGAGCCGGUUGAGCUUCCUCUGACUGUGCAGCUCGAGACAGAGGUAAAAGAAGUCGAGGUGGAGCAACUAAGACAGCCCAGUUUGCCUCCUGAAGCUGCUGAAGAGGGUGACCUUCAUGAACUGUGGGAGGCCUCUGCAAAGAAAAGGCGCAUGAGUCGAGAACCCACUCUUGACUCCAUCACUGAACACCCUGAAGAUGAUAAAAAAGGAGCCCAAACGAAAACUCAACAGGAGAAGGAAGUGAAGUCAGCCAAAAAUCAACCUGAGAAUGCUUCUGGGGGAUCUUCAAUUGUAUCGUACCUCAAAAAGAACAGCCAGCUUCAGGUAUCCACUGUGACCUCUGAGGACGAGGAUGCCACUGCGAGGUUCUUCAAACACUUCCAGAUGGUUGAUCAGACAACUGAAAUCAAAACGAUGACAAUGACGACUCAGCAGACUGAAACAAAGUAUGUGUCAGCAGAGGACACAGACAUUAUGGAGAUCAGCAAGGAAGACGAGCCAGAGCUGAGAGAAGCUGCUAUUAAAAUCCAAGCGGCUUUCAAGGGCUACAAGGCACGCAAGGACAUGCGGCCUGUCUUUAAGGAUGUAUUUAAAGACCAGACCAAAGAACCUGAUGGCACCAUCCACCUGGAGUGUGUGGCUGAGGGUCGACCUGAUAGAGUACGCUGGCUGAAGGAUGGAGAGCCGCUGUGUGAUGGCAAGCACCACCAUAUCGACAUCUACAAUGACGGCACAUGUUCUUUGGUCAUCACCGCCAUCACCACAAAAGACACGGGGGUGUACACAUGCGAGGUCACCAAUAAGUUUGGCGUCAUCUCUCACAGUGCGAAGGUGACAGUAGGAACGGUGAGGGAAUCAUCGGGGCGGCGUCCACUCACUAUGGGCUACAGCGCUGACAGCGAGCCCGACAGCUCAUCGGGCAGCGAGAUGGAUGAAUCCCUGAGGCAGGCCAGCAGACGCCUCCGACGCCUGCUGCGCACACGCCUCCCGCCGGACGUAGAGGAAGAGCCUUUCGUCAGUGCGGAUGAAGGAGACCUGAAUCCCCCGGAUCCCCACUCGUACCGUGAGGACGACACUUACAUUUACAUCCGCUUUGACACGUGGGGGGAGGCAGACGUGGCCUCAAAGAGGUUCCAGGAGAUGUUUACAAUCCAUGGAGUUCCUGUGGAAACCACCAUCUUGGAGGCGGGACAUCUCAAAGUGGAGUUGCGGAUUAGGAAGUUGGGUUAUACUCAGGAUGGAACCGAAACACCUACACAAGAAAAACAGCCUCCUGCUUUCCUGUCUGGAGCUCCUGCUGCCCCGGUCUUCUUGACAGAGUUACAAAAUCAGGACGUCCCAGACGGCUACCCGGUCAGCUUUGACUGCGUGGUGAUCGGAAAACCCUCCCCAGCGGUACGCUGGUACAAAGAUGGCAAACUGCUGGAGGAGAAUGACCAUUAUAUGAUCAACGAGGACCAGGAGGGCUGCCAUCAGCUAAUCAUCACCGCCGUACUGCCCACUGACAUGGGCGUCUACCGCUGCACGGCGGAAAACAGCAGCGGCAUCGUGGCCACUCGGGCUGAGCUCAGGGUCGACAUGUCUUGCAGCUCUGAUUACGACACAGCUGCUGAUGCUGCCACUGAAACCUCAUCUUACAUCAGCGCCAAGGGCUACCUGUCCAGGGAAACUGAGACCUUUGAGUCCGUAACAGAAGAUGAUCAGCUGCCACAAAUCGUGGAGGAACUUCACGAUGUUCAUGCCAGUCCAGGUUCCCCAAUAGCUAGGAUGCAGCUCAGAGUAAAAGGUUUCCCCAAACCAAGGGUUUAUUGGUUCAAAGAAGGCCAACCCCUUCGGGCCUCGGAAAGGGUGUCGUUGUUAGCCCAGCAGGACGUUCAUGCCUUAGAAAUCCUGGAGGUGAAGAAAGAUGACAUGGGGGAGUACUCUGCUUACAUCAGUAAUGCAGCGGGUUCUGCUUACUCCUCUGCCCGACUCAUAGUUCUGAACCCAGGGGAGAUCUUACCACAAGAUCAGAAAGAAUCACAUGAGUCAUUGGUGCCACCACGUUUCCUGGAAAGGUUCAGCAACAGAAAAGUGAAACAAGGAGCCAGCAUCACGUUAUCUGUCAAAGUGGAAGGGUCUCCCACUCCGAUGGUCUCUUGGCUAAAGGAGGAGUCGCUGGAAGAUGUGCUGUGGAUCAAGACCGACACCAAGGGAUACAAAAUAGCAAGCUCAGGACGCCAGCAUAGCCUCAUCUUGAUGGAUGUGGGAACAGAGUACACCGGUGCCUAUACAUGCAUUGCAACUAAUAAGGCGGGACAGUCCAUCUGUACCGCUCACCUCGAGGUGGAUGACACUCCACCACAAAAGAAAGAGACCAAACCCUCAGAAGUUCUUGGGAUUAAAGUCAGUCCACCAAAGGAGGAUGCAAACAGGGGGCAAGAGAGUAAAAUGACCUACUUAGGAGAGGUCGGUUCAGAGGAAUUCCUCAUGAAACUCACCUCCCAGAUUACUGAAAUGGUAUCAGCCAAGAUCACCCAAGACAGCACACAGAAUCAGGAAGUGCUCCAGUGGAUGAAAUCUUGGCCCAAAACUACCACUUCAUUGCGAGUGCCAGGCGCUGACAGCGACGACGAGACCAAGACACCUUCGGCGUCACCUCAUCACGGCCGCUCUCGUCCCCCCUCCCUCGUGGCGGACUCCUCCUCUGAGUCUGAUGAAGGAGAUGCCAGGGGAGAGAUGUUUGAUAUCUAUGUAGCGACAGCCAACUACGACCCCACUGUGGCAAGCAAAGAGUCUAUUUCCCUGAAGGAGGGACAGUAUGUAGAGGUUUUGGACUCGGCUCACCCGCUCAAGUGGUUGGUACGGACCAAACCCACCAAGACGACGCCAUCCCGCCAAGGCUGGGUGUCACCUGCUUACCUAGACAAAAAACUUAAACUGUCUGCAGAUGCAGGCGACCUUCCAGAGGCAAGUGUUGAAGAGGUGUCUGAGGGAGAAUACAAGAAGAAGUUAUUCCAACUGAUCCAGGACUUGAUCGGCGGUGAAUCCGAGUUUGUCAAAGAGAUAGGCUUCUUCACGGGUCAUCACCUGAGGCACGCUGACAGCCCGAAUGCACCAGCUGAAGUCAGCACCCAGAAAGAGUCCAUAUUUAGAAACAUCGAGGACAUUAAGGAGUUCCACAACAAGGCUUUCCUUCCCAAGUUGAGCGACUGUGACACAGACGAUGACGUGGCCAUGUGCUUCCUGAAGAACAAGGAGGGCUUUGAGAAGUACCUCCAAUAUCUUGUAGGCCAGAGCCAGGCUGAGUGUGCCGUCAGUGACAAAACAGUGCACCACUUCUUCAAGGAGUACAUGGGAAAGGAAAAAGCCACUGCCGACCAGCCUGUACGCAGCAUUAACACCUAUCUCCAGCAGCCUCUGGAGAGGAUUCAGAAGUAUAAAGUCUUCCUCAAGGAGCUCAUUCGAAACAAGGCAAGAAAUGGCCAGAACUGCUGCCUCCUGGAGGAAGCAUACGCCAUGGUGUCUGCGCUUCCUCAACGAUCUGAGAACACGCAUCACGUCUCCAUGAUUGAGAACUACCCCGCCACCCUUGAAGCGUUAGGAGAGCCUCUCAGACAGGGACCUUUCCAAGUGUGGGAGGGCGCUCCUGGGAUAAGAACAUCUUCUAGAGGUCACCACCGCCACGUCUUCCUCUUCAAGAACUACUGCAUCAUCUGCAAAUCCAAAAGAGACAGCAACAUUGACACACAAACAUAUGUCUUUAAGAACAUGAUGAAGCUGAACAACAUUGACGUGAACGAGACCGUGGAGGGUGACGAUCGUGCUUUCGAGAUCUGGCAUGAACGUGAGGAUUCUGUGAGGAAAUACACCUUGCAGGCCCGAACCGUUACCAUCAAAAACUCUUGGUUGAGAGACCUCAGGGAACUUCAACAGAGAUACACCAUGACUGCCUGGAGUCCUCCUGACUUUGUGGAAAUUCUGGCAAACUGUACAGCCGAACUCGGACAGACCGUUAAACUAGCGUGCAAAGCUACAGGAAUACCCAAACCUACAAUCACCUGGUACAAAGAUGGACGCAUCGUGGAGGCAGACCCUCAUCACAUCAUCAUCGAGGACCCCGACGGCUCCUGCACUCUCAUUCUGGAUAACAUGACGGCAGAAGACUCGGGCCAGUAUAUGUGCUUUGCGACAAGCUCAGCCGGCAACGCCAGCACUCUGGGCAAGAUCACUGUUCAGGUGCCUCCUCGUUUUGUGAACAAAAUGAGGAAUGCUGUCUUGGUCGCUGGUGAGGACACUCAGUUCACCUGUGUCAUUCAGAGCGCCCCAAGUCCUAAAAUCAGAUGGUUCAAGGACAGCAGGCUGCUGACAGACCAGGAAAAGUAUCAGACCUACAGUGAGCUUCGCAGUGGGGUUGUGGUUUUGGUGAUCAAAAACUUGACAGAGCGGGACCUGGGGCAUUAUGAGUGUGAGUUGUCUAACCGUCUUGGCAGUGCCAGGUGUGCUGCAGACUUAGUCCUUCCAUCUGCUGCUGGCUCUGGUGAGCAGGCCAUUGUUAUUGAAGUUACUGAACAGGAGACAAAAAUACCAAAGAAAACCAUCAUUAUCGAGGAGACUAUAACCACAGUGGUGAAGAAUCCCCGUAUGAGGAGGCACAAGUCCCCUGGCUUGAUGGUGGCUGGAGCUCACCGCACGGAAAUUUCCACCUCAGAAACCUCCACAACCAGGACAAGAAGGAUGGCCCCGCCGAGGAAACCCACAAUCCCGACCUUCUAUGUCACUGAGGCCCAGAGUACCGAGGCGAGUGCUGCCGCCACUGUGGAGAACGAGCCCAGUUGGGUUGAGGUAGAAGAGGUGAUCGAGUACAAGGUGAAUAAAUCUCCUCGAUUGUCAAGGAGGAGGGGCGUGUCGCCGGCGGUCUCUGAUCGCGCAAACACCCCUUCCAGACCUAAACGAUCCCCACCAGAAAACCCGAAUGCAAACAAUUCUAACAACAAUCUAGUAGAGCAGGCCCAUCCCCUAGAAGCCUCUGAUUCUCCACCAGGGGUAUCGGUUCUUACAGCUGGAGAUCAAGUCAUGGAGGAUCAACAAACCGUCAUUUGGGAACCUGAUGAGGACAGUGAGUUUGAUUACUGCGGAAAACAAGAAGCAAAGAUGCCAACACCUGGGGCUCGUGUUUUAGCACUAGAAGACUUGGAGGAUUACGUCCCAGAGGAAGGAGAAUCUUACGGAUCAACCAGCUGCAGUCUUGAUGAGAAACCUUGUGAGAUUGCGGUCCUCCAGAGAGAGAUCGGAGGCUCCAGUGUGGGACAACCGGUACUCCUCAAUGUGGGACGUCCUGUGGUGGCUCCAAGGCAGAGGGGCGGCUUCUUCACCCGCUUCCGAGAGCAUCUCUCUGGCAGCCUGUUCUCACCCACAGCCCCCCAGGCAAGCGGGUCCACGUCAGAGCGCCAAGUCCCCAUUCAAGUGAGCCGUGCAAAGCUGGAGGUGAAGCCAUCUUAUUGCUCGGAGGUGCAGAGAGUGGAAGGCGGGCAGCAGAGCUUUAAAACCAAAAUAUCUACUCAGACGUACGACUACACGCCAGUGGGAAACCCUGUCACGCUUCAGAUUAGCGACGAUGACCAGAACCAGAACCAGUAGCUGUUUAACAUCAAUAAACGUUUUUAGUCUUAAAUGGAGCUGACUCCAUGAAGAUAACUUCCAACUAAAAUAUAACCAAACCAUUCCACAUCAGGAAACACUUUUUUCCCUGCCUAGUGGUUUUAAGCGAUCCUUAUUGGGUCAUCAUGACAUCAAAACUAAACCAUGUUUGCCUUAACCUCAACUUUUGACACAAAACCUAUUUCUUUCUGUCACAAACACUAAAAGCCGUGAUAAACAUGCAUUUUGCAUUAGUUGAGGCAGAAUGUAUUGUAGUACUUGGCUGCAACCAGCAGAGGUGCUGUUGAUUAUACUAAUCUAAAAAACAGCUGUGGGAAGCUUGACGUAAGAGUUCAGAACAUUUAGACAGUCUUUUAUCCCAGAAAUAUAAAAGACUUUGAUAUAGUUAUUACUUGUCUUCGUGGGUCAUGGAAAUUGAGUGAAUAAAUAAUUGAUGGCCAUGUAAGGAGCGUUCAGUCGCACAAUGUGCUUUGUAUUGUUUGGACUGACGCAACCGCUGAAGGGCCACUGUUUGUCAUGAAGACAGUAACACAAAGUAUUGACGUACACUCAAAAUGACUGGAUUUUAGACAAUUGACGCAUUAUGAACAUGUAGUUCUAAAACUAAAACAUUAAAGAGAGGUACUAGUGUUGUGUUGUUUGCUUUUGAGUUUAUUUAAAUUAUCUCUCACGGUCACACAUACUUUUAGUUGGCUUUCUUUGCGGAUAAUACGUUAUUAAAAAGGUAAUCCAGAGACAUGUCUGUUUUUAAGUAAAUUAUUUUUGUGAGUACUAGUAAUGUACAAUGUCACUAUCACGAGUAAUUGUGUUUUUAGCGCCGUGUCAAGUGGUUCAAUAAUGAUGUGAGAGCUCAUGUUUUUUGUUGUUUCUUUUAGAUAAUUGACAUGCAUGGAUUUGCUUUUUCAAAGUUUUUAGUAACUUAACGACUUGAAUGAUUAAAGACUGUACUGUUUUUUUCAGUUUUAGUGCACUCACAGCUUGCAAUUGCUUGUAAAUGUGUAGUUUUUCAAAAGAAAAUGUCUUUCAAAUGUGUUCAAAUUUGAAUAUUAAAAAAAACUUGUACAACA